AUGGAAGCCGGCAAAAAACUAAUCAUCAUUGAAUCUUCCUUUAAAUUUUUAAUCAACGAUCUAUUUAAUGAACAUGUUAUGUUUGACACAUCUCCAGUCGAAACUAUCAAAGGAAUUUUACGAUCCAACAAAUUUAUCAGUAAACUUUUUACGGACAUGGUCCAGGAAAAAUUUAUCGAAAUCCUCGGUUACAAUCCUGGAAUUAGUUUUUUUAUACUACUUCGAUAUUGGAUCAGAAGUAAAGAAAACUACAUCAAAUUCAGUAAAAAAGUAAACAAUAAAUGGUUAAGCAGAGAUGUUCAUAAUAUUCUCGAAAGAAUCACCAUGAAAGGUUCAUUCUUUUAUUUCAAACACUGCCUUCUUGGAAUUGAAAGAAGCAUGCAAACGAAAAAAGAUUGGAUAAAGACAAAAUGCAGAAUUAACUUUUUAUAUUUAGACUAUGGAUACGGAUAUCGCGGUAAAGAACAUUACAUGUUGAAAAAAUUUCGAAGAAAAUUACUUAAGGCUAAUCGAGUCGAAAAGUCUAAACAAAAAUGCGAAAAAAUGAUUAAAGAACUAAACAAAACCAUAAAGUCCUUUCCAUCUCAUACAUAUAAUAAAUAA